UAGUUGAGAGAAUACUUCGGUGCAGGUUGGACGUUUUGUGCAAUUUCUCUGGUUUAGUAAAAUAAAAUUAAGACUCACUAAUCUAAUUGUCGUGUAUGUGUUUAUCUAUAGACACUGUAUUGCUAAUCUGUUGGUUUAUAUUCGGUGUGAAUUGACUGAUUUUCCACAAAUAUAGCUAUAUUUCCAAUUAUCUUCCCUUUCUUAAACCUUAAGUGACUGUCUUGAGGCCUGCUGGCGCAAAAAAAGACUCGAGGAGGAAGAUAAAAAGUAAUAAGGUCUUUUAUAAUAUCACGAGAGUGUUUUUCUCAAUGAAUGGAGAUAAAAAUAGAGGAAAAGAAGUGUGAAUGUGAUUGAAAAUGGAACUUGAAUAAUAAACACAUUAAUAAUGGUGAGAGACACAUCAGCCAAUACGAGUGUAAUUGGUCAAUGAGAAAUUUUUCGUAGACUUUAAUUGCACACACAGUCUUUGGCACAAGAGUGGUGUGUUGUGAAAGUUGACGGAGCCGCUUACUAAAUAGCUCAAGAGUGUUGCUUUUUGAAAACGCGUCUGUCACUUUCUGCGGUGUGUGUGUCACAGAAAUCGCGCACUUUUUGGACUCUCGAUUGCUGGCCGCGAGCUUCGGAUCCCCGCGAAAGAGCCUCAAAGUAUAAUUUCCCAACCGUCAGCCUUCUGUGUAGACACGUUAGCACUUUUGGCCCACUGUCGUCUGCAAGUGCUGUUGUCUCUUCCGAUAACAACUCGAGACACCCUCCAACCAGUUGAGAACGCGUGCUGCGAAAUCGAGAGGCGCACCGAUCAAAUGUCGCAGAUCCGUGACGUCACAGGUGUUAACAAAAGCCUCUCCGAAGAAAUUGCAUGAAUCAGAACUGAGAUCUCGCGGUGAAGGACGUGAUUUAUUUGGCUGAGAAAUAUACAUUUCACUGAAGGCGGCUUUGUCCCCGGCUUUGACUCAUCCCUGAGACCGAUGUGAGAAGGUGCAAUAUUUGCUGAAGAGCCUCACAAUCGAGAUGAAAGAGGAUCUCUGAGUUGCAUCGAGGGAGAAGUGAGAGAAAAAAAUACAAAUAAAUAAAUUAGCAACGAAGCGUUAUAAAUUGGAGGCGAAGUGAAGUGCGAUGUUUUCUUGUAAAUCGUCCAAUUGAACAACAUUAUAAUUGCAUGAAGAGAUACGGAGAUUUGUGAGAAGACAUAGUCCGAGAGAAACGAGUGAAAAAGUGGAAGGAAUUAAACGAGGAAGAUUAAACCAUAUAAAUCGCACACAUCUGACUCCAUCAUCAAUCACUGGUUGCCAGAAACCUUUUUGUGGGCUAAACUAGUGCACAAUCCAUAGGCGAAGACAAAUUAACUUGUGUACUGACCUUAUGUGCAAUUAAACUGCACAACUGCACAUGCUUUGCCAUUGAAAUUUCACUGGAAUUUCACUGUGGGACACACAUUUGGCCAAGCGGGCCUCGAUUUCCCUUCAAUUUCACCAACAUCGACCAGCAACACCGACUCCAAGACGAGACCACCGGUUGGGACAGAUAAGAAAAUCAUCAGGGAGCAUCUCGAAGUGAUUUUCACCAGCAACUGAUUGUUAAUACCUCGCACACUAUCGUUUGGGGAAGAGAUACUGGAGAGAAGAAGAAAUUACCUCCGAGUGAAAAUUACACAGUCUUUGAUGUGUGCUUCAAGAAGAUUUAAUAGGCAAUAUCUUCAGCAGUAAUAGCAUCAUACACGACUCGAAGAUACUCAAAGUGAAAAUGCUGGAUCCGGAUUUGGAUGAAUAUCUCUCAGAAUAUCGCCUUCAGACGCCAGUUGAGCCUAUCAGUCACUAUGCAGAUGGUGAACUGGAGGCUCAGUGGCUCAUGGCAGCUGGAUUCCCACAUUUGACACGUGCUUUCGAAGAGGGUCGUGAACUUCCCACUUCCGCGCUGACGGCCGCCCUCUCUGGACUUUCACAGUCGCAUGCAGAAGCGGUCAAACAGAGAGUAAAAGCCUUAAAUAGGACGGUUCGCGGCCGCACAAGGUCGCGCCAUCAAAGAAAACCGGAUAUCAGAGAUGUCUUUCGCGAUGUCGAUACAUCGAGCACGGGAACCCGCUCAAGAAGUGCAACACCAGAUUCACUUGAUUCAAUUCCAGGAGAUGAACAUUGGAAUACUAAUCAGCAAGUGCCGAGCUUCGUGUCGAUCUUCGAUGGCGGAGCCACGCUGCCCACUCUUCCUCGCAGCAAGCAGCACCUCAGACGAACCCCCAGUGCUCCUCUCAGGGGCUCCGCUGAGCUCUUCAGAGGCUCCCACGUGCGCUGCGACAUUCCCUUCUUCACAGAGGGCAUCGAGCUAGUAGGCUUCCAGCGCCUGGGCACAAUUCACAUCCCGCGCGUACGUUCCGGCUCUGAUCCCUCGUGCUCCGUGGGACGACGCAACGGCAGCAACAUUCUCACCGGCAGGCUCUAUGGUGAGCGCAAUGAGGACUCCUCGCAAUCCUCGUCGCCUCUGGAGAGUCCCACCAAUUCCCCACCUCGCAGCAGCCCUCUCGAGUCAGCGGCCGAGGAGGACUCUCCGUCAUCCAGACGAUCCCCUGAACCCGUGAGCUUCGAGGGACUCUGUCGGCAGAGCGCAAGCACCGGAAGCAGCAUCUGGAUUCGCCGAGAGCCGUGCUGCGACGUUGAUGAUCUCUGCGAGAGUGACUUGAAGAAGAUCCAGCCGCUGCUGUGGUUGGAGUUGGCGGCGCUCUUCGACCGGCAUCACAUUGUCCUGGACAAGAGGAAGCCCUUCAAGCGGAAAAAGAAGGAGGAAGGCAACGUGUUCGGCGUGUCUCUGAACGCCCUCGUGCGCAGAGAUCAGCAAACCACGGGCGAGGAUACGUCUCUCGUGCCGCUCCUGCUUCAGGGAAUCCUGAAGGAGCUCGUGAGUCGCGGUGCCAAAGAGGAGGGAAUUCUCCGUGUUGCUGGCAAUAAGCAAAAGAUUGAACUUGUUUAUGCUGAUCUGGAGCAAAACUUUUACUCCAAGCCGGAGAAAGUUGAACCGCUUCUUCGACGCUGUGGGGUCCACGAUCUCAGUGCUAUUCUCAAGAGGUGGCUCCGUGAGCUGCCGCAGCCACUUCUGGCCAAUGACUUGAUCCAUCUAUUCUACCAAACACAAGCCAUUCCGCCUGAGGAUCAGGGCAAGGCUCUGUCAGUACUUUGUCUACUGCUGCCGCAUGAGAAUCGCAACACCCUCCGGGCUCUGCUGGAUUUCCUGCGAACCGUGGUGGCGCUGCAGAGUAUCAACAAGAUGUCCAAUCACAACGUGGCCACAAUCAUUGCGCCAUCGCUCUUCCCGCCAAGGUUCGUCCAUCCGGGAGACAAGAACGACAUUGGCGCGCAGGUGCGAAUGGCGGCGCAGUGUUGUCACCUGACGGACAUCCUCAUUAGCCAGGAGGAGUCCCUGUGGAUGGUGCCGCAGCGGCUGCUGGACGAGGCGCGAUCGAUGAACAAGCCUAGGCUGACCAAGCGGCAGGCUCGCAAGACGAAGAGCGAGUCCAGCGCGGAGAUUCGUCUCAACCACAAUCCCAGCCACAUCCACAGGCUAGUCGUGUGACCGUCACACUCUGGAGGUCAUCUCAAGAUCGUGUCUCAAAUUGCAUUGUUGCUAUUUAGUUCUACUUUGCGCUACCACAAUCGAAAUGCUGAAUUUCACUAGUGUUACAACUUAGGGAUGUAGUGACGUAUAUUCUGUAAAUAGUAGAUUUUAUACUCUUAGCAGUGCGACCUUCUUUCUGGAAAAAAAAAUCACUUUCUGGCAAGAGAAGCUCACGGAGAAAGCGACGUGCUGACUCAAAUUAAAACAAGUCAAUUGAUAUCUGCUAGUUUGUCGAGUUUUUUUUUUAAUAGUGUCUAAGAACAAAUGUGAAGUCAUAUUAAUAAAUUUUUGCAUACAAA